UCACCAAACCUGGAGAGUCACAAGGAUACCAACAUCAAGGAGAAACCAUGGAAAUGUGGGGACUGUGGGAACGGAUUCAAAUCCCAAUCUGCGCUGGAGAUUCAUCGACGCAGUCACACUGGAGAGAAGCCAUUUAUCUGCUCAACAUGUGGGAAAGGAUUCAGUAAUUCAUCCACGUUGCAUGCACACCAGCGAGUUCACACUGGGGAGAGGCCAUUCACCUGCUCUGAAUGUGGGAAGAGAUUCACUCGGCAAUCCCACCUGCAGACACACCAGCAAGUUCACACUGGGGAAAGGCCGUUCACCUGCUCUGUGUGUGGGAAGGGGUUCAUUCAUUCAGGCAACCUGCAGACACACCAGCGAGUUCACACCGGGGAGAAGCCGUUCACCUGCUCUGAGUGUGGGAAGGGAUUCACUCGGUCAUCCGAUCUGCUGACACACCAGCGAGUUCACACCGGGGAGAGGCCAUUCACCUGUUCCAAGUAUGGGAAGGGAUUCACCCGGUCAUCCCAUCUGCUGACACACCAGCGAAUUCACUCUGGGGAGAAGCCAUUCACCUGCUCUGAGUGUGGGAAGCGAUUCAGUGAUCGAUCCACCCUGCUCAGACACCAGCGAGUUCACACCAGGGAGAGGCCAUUCACCUGUUCUGAGUGUGGGAAGGGAUUCACCUGUUCAUUCGAGCUGCUGAUACACCAUGACAGUCACACCAAUUAGGGACCUUUUAGAUGCACUGACUAUGGCUGUUGAUUGUGCGAAUUGAGGUUAUGUUUUUACGGGUGGACAUCAUGUAUUGGAUCGUUACUUGAGCACAUAUAAGGAGACCCUUACUGACAAAGAGUGGAGUCAAGUCAGGAGGUAUAUACCUGUAAUGUUUCACUCGGUGAAUAAAUCUAUACCAAGUAAAGAUUGGCUGCAGUUUCUUCCUUGGCCAUCAGGCGAUCAACAUUAUAACAUGGUAAUAGAGAAUGCUUGUCUAAUGGUGAAUGGUGGUAAUGAGAGGAAAAUAAAACACGAAACAGAGGCUUACAACAUGAGUAGCUUUUGUGAGAAAUGGCUGAAAGCAAAUGGAAAUUGGCAGGGUCUGAUUACCCGCUGAUGUUCUCGGAGUCUGAGCCACACGACCAGUGGAAGAAUGAAGUAGAUAUGUGGACACGGGUUAUGUCCCUACCAAGGAGGAAACAAGGUCUGGUCCUGGCAUUGUCACUUCCCAACAAAAGUAAAUUCAGAAGCAAAGUAUUUAAUGAGCUAGCUGCCUGUCGGUUGGAUACUGAAGAAGUUUUGGAUCUUCUAUUCGGGUUCAUUGAUGAGAUUUACAAGAAAGAUGAUCUACUGGAUGCCUAUGAAGCAUUGUAGGACUUUGACAGGUUUCGAAUGAGGGUGAAAGCCUCUUUAGCAGAUCUGGAAAUCACAACAAAAGACAGGAUUGGAACAGCACUAAUAGGUGAAUGACCCCAGGAAUGACCAGGGAACAAUUAACAGUUGAUUCAGGUCUGACUCAAAAUAUUAUGUGAUGAACUGCCAAAAGUGGAAAUUGAGGGUCUUCGAAGUGACACAUGACACAGAGAAUUCUGAGGCUGAAGAUGAUGAUUAUGAUCACUCUGUAGGAAUUGUACUAGUCACAAGGAGAUUUCAUCCAGUGAUGAUUAUGUUAGUCACAGGCUCAUUCAACUGUGCUGUGUUAGACAGUGGCUGCACCUCGACAGUAUGCGGAUCAGAUUGGUGAAAAUGUUACCCAGAUUCACUUCAUAGUGAGGAUCAACACAAGGUUAAGGAGUUCUACUUGUUUGGGUUUGGUGAUGUCAACACAUUAAAGUCACUAAAAAGAGUGGGGAUUUUUGUAAAUUAGCUGGAGGCAGCUACCUUAUCAGGGCUGGUGUCGUCUCUAGUGAGAUACCCUUAUUGUUGAGUAAACCUUCCAUGAAAAAGGCACAAAUGCAACUGGAUAUGGAGCAAGAUAACGCAAUUGUUUUUGGAUCUGCAGUUUACUCAAUCAGGACAUUAGCGUCUCCCCUUAACAAUACCUGAUGUUUCUAAUCAGAGUGUUUGAGAAGGAUUAAUAGUAUCAAUGAUAAGAAUCAGAGUAAAAAAAAACAAAUUAUUUUAAAGCUAAACAGACAAUUUGCUCACCCUUCCUGUCAAAGAUAACAAGUCCUGCUAAAAGAUGCAGGGGUGGUUGGUGAAGAGAAUACGAGGCUCAUAGAAGAGAUAAGUGCAAAGUGUGAAAUGUGUAAAAAGUAUGGGAGGAUGCUGUCACAUCUAUUGUAAACCUUCCCUUGGCACGUGACUUUAACCAAGUAGUUGCCUUGGAUCUAAAGGGACGGGACAAAGACAGAAAUAUUUUCAUUCUACACUUUAUAGACAUGGUAACCCGAUUUGGUCUUUCUCCAAUAAUACAUGGCAAGGACAAAAGGGAGAUUAUAGACCAAGUCAUGGAGAAAUGGAUAGGGACUGGACCUGGGGCACCAGCUAAGUUUCUGACUGAUAAUGGAGGGGAAAUUUGCUAAUGACGAGUUUAGAGACGUGUGUGAAAACAUGAACAUUAUGGUCAUGAACACCGCAGCUGAAAGUCCUUUCAGCAAUGGACUCUGUGAAAGGAAUCACGUGGUGAUCGAUGAAAUGCUGCAGAAAAUCUUAGCUGAUCAACCAAACUGCAGGUUGACAACUGCAAUGACAUGGACGAUUCAUGUAAAGAAUUCACUUCAGAUGAUUGGAGGGUAUAGUCCCUAACAAAUGGCCGAUAAGAGAAAUCCAAAUUACCCUCUGUGCUGGGCGAUAGCGCUCCUGCUUUAGAACGGACUACAAUUAGUUCAAUUUUUCGUCAUCAAUUAUCAGAUUGUUUCACAAAAAGAAGUGCUAAAACUAAGAAAUUACUGCGGAUCCGAGAAGAGGGAUGUCUUACAAUGUAAUAAUGCUUUGUAUAAAGUAAGGAAGAUUGUA